AUGCGAAUAUAUCCAUUGCGUUUUAUCUAUCUCAUUUGUUCUUUCUUUCUUCUGAUAUUGUUUCUUUUUUCCUUUUUUUUUCUUUCUUUUUCUUUCUUUUCUUUCUUUCUUUCUUUCUUUCUUUCUUUCUUUCUUUCUUUAUUUUUUUUUUUUAUUUCCAGUAUUUCUUCUUCUUUUUUCUGUUACUCUUUCAUCUCUCUCCGCCUAUCUAUCUAUCUAUCUAUCUAUCUAUCUAUCUAUCUAUCUAUCUAUCUAAAUCUAUUUAUCCUUCUGUCUAUUUAUCUAUCUCAGGAUUUUAUGUGUAUCUCCCCUUUUUCGGGCUUUUUUCUUUUUUUUUUUUGUAGCUAUCAAUCCCAGGUUUUAAUAUCUAUCUAUCUAUCUAUCUAUCUAUCUAUCUAUCUACAGUGUCCUGAAAAUUUCGACUUCUCUCUGUCUCUUUCUCUCUCUAUGUCUCUCUGUUUCUCUCUGUUUCUCUCUCUAUCUCUCUCUCCCUCUCUCUUUCUCUCUAUGUCUCUCUGUUUCUCUCUCUCUCUCUCUUUCUCUCUAUGUCUCUCUGUUUCUCUCUCUCUCUCUAUGUCUCUCUUUGUGUCUGAUCUAUCUAUCUACCUAUCUAUCUAG